AUGACCUGCUGUUUCCUUAUCCCCAUCCAGAAAGGAGAGUCCUGGACUGUUGACAACUGCACCACAGCUAUUUGCACCAAUGGCAAGGUCAUAAAGACACCUAAGCCCUGUCCCACAGUACAGCAACCCAUUUGUGCCAAUGGACGUAAAGUUGUGAAGGGCUAUGAUGAUAAUGGAUGUUGCCCCCACUAUGAAUGUGAAUGUGUGUGCAGUGUCUGGGGUGGAUCCACCUACAACACAUUUGAUGGAAAAUCAUACCGUUUCAACAAAGACUGCUCUUACUACCUUGUCAAAGAGAUUAUUACCAAAUAUAACCUGACUAUUACAUUAAAUAAACAUGACUGUGAUCCUUCAGACAACACAUUCUGUACCCAGGCUCUCACUGUUACAUACCAGUCCUAUGAGGUAGUACUGACUCGGCGGUUGAAGACUUCAGGAACAGAAGCUAAUGCGGUUUAUGUGAAUCAGAAACGCAUCUAUCCAGCUUACAGCAAUUCUGUCAUGCACAUCAUUGGCACAGAUAUGAUAAUAUUAUUGAUUAUACCAGAGAUCAAGACAAAAGUGACCUAUAGGGGCUCCACAUUCAGCAUUGACAUUCCCAAUUCUCUCUUUGGUGGGAACACUGAGGGACAGUGUGGAACCUGUGACAACUCCCAGAACAAUGACUGUCGUUCUCCUAACGGCCAGGUGGAAAAAUGCACAGAAUCUGCAGGCCAGUGGCGUGUGCCAGAUAUACCCUGUGUCACCCCCACAACUCCACCUACAAUGACUACUACAAUGACACCCCAGACCGCCUCAACACCACCACAGUCAACAACCCAGUCUGUUUGCAAACCUGCCAUUUGUGAUCUCCUAACGAGCAGCGUAUUUGCUCCGUGCCACUCAGUCAUAGCCCCAGGACAAUUUGUGCAAUCCUGUGUGAAUGACAUUUGCAAUGGUGGCAAUGAUAGCUGUUCCAGCCUAGAGGCCUAUGCUUCUGAGUGCUCUAAUGCAGGAGUCUGUAUUGACUGGAGGAAUGACACCAAUGGGCAGUGCGAACACAAGUGUCCAAGUGGAAAAGUGUACAUGGCCUGUGGUCCUGCUGUAGAGCGUACGUGCAAUGAAAGAUACAACAAGAAGUUCAAGAUAGAUGCAUCCACUAACUACACUGAGGAGGGUUGCUUUUGUCCUGAAGGCACCACCUUAUUCAACACAGUCUAUGAAACAUGUGUUAAAUCCUGUGAUUGUGUUGGACCUAAUGGACAACCCAAACAGCCUGGUGAAACAUGGACAAGUGACUGCAGCAACUGUGUGUGUGACAAGGAUUCAAUGAGUGUCCAGUGCCAGCCUAUUGAGUGCCCAUCAGUACAGAGUCCCAACUGCAGCGAGCCUGGCCAGCAGCUGGUCAACAAAACAGACGACUGCUGCACAACGCAGUCAUGUGAAUGCAACACCAACCUGUGUCCCACUCCUCCCACUUGCAAACUGGGAUUCUAUCUCACUGUCACUAACGACACCUGCUGCCAAUCCUACAAGUGUGAACCUAAAGGUGUAUGUGUCCAUGACAUGACUGAGUACAAAGGUUAUGAAUAUCAGACUGUACCUGGCAAGUGCUGUGGGAAGUGUGUUCAGAAGAGCUGUAUUUUCACCACACCUGACAACACAACGCAAAUCAUUGAGGUGAAUGACACGUUUGUACCCCCCAAUAACAAGUGUGUGAAAUAUACAUGUGAGAAGAUCAAUGGACAACUUGUUACCAAGGAGACUGAGACCACCUGUCCUCACUUUAAUCCCUUGGACUGUGAACCGGGCACCGAGACAACUGACGCCAAUGGAUGCUGCAAAACCUGCAAACAGCGCAGUGUCUGUGAGGUCCAGAGUAAUGAGACAGUCAUCGAGGUGAAUGGUUGUAAGAGCGUGCAGCCAGUCAACAUGACAUCCUGUGCUGGACACUGUGGAAGCUCAUCUAUAUAUUCUGCAGCGGCUAAUAAGAUGAUGCACCAGUGUGAGUGUUGCCAAGAGGCCACCACCAGUCAGAAGCAAGUGGAGCUGACCUGUGCUGACAACUCCAAAGUCCAGCACACCUACACUGUCGUGGAAACGUGCAGCUGCAGAAAAACAGAGUGUGUGGAGGGGACCACAGCCAAACUACAGCGCCGCCGGAGACGCUGA